AUGGUGGUAGGGACGAUGCCGCCGCCAUCGGCACCUGAAGAUAAGGAAGAGCUACGAGUUGAGGCUCGACGUCAGCGCGAAAUCGAACGUUAUAAGAAGCUGGGACCUGGUCGUCUUCGCAGCAUUGGGGCGGAUAUCGUCGGUGUAAAGAACCAAAUCGAGGAGCGAGAACGUCAGAACGAAGCAGAUCGUGAAGCCAAACGCGUCAGUGAAGAGGAGGACGCAGCUAUCCGACGUUAUUUGCUCCAGGUCGAGUCGGAAGACGCGCUGGCAAAGCGUCGAGAGCUCUUGACACUGCGCAAUGACUGGGAUCUGCAGACUGCCAAAAUACGUGAGGCUCGUGCGGAAUAUAUCGCGCUUCGAGCCUUGAGUAUCGAUCCCGACACUUGCGCUCAAGGAGCAGCACAGAAGUUCGACGGCGAAGAUCUCGCUCGACUUGAACGUAUCCGGUUGCAGGCGAUGCAGAUGAAGCAGUGGUCGAUACAGAAGAUGGCUGAAGAUGCUCAGCGCAAUACAAAGGAAAAUGCAGACAUGGCCGCGUACAUGGCUCAGCUCUUCGAGAUCGAGCGCUUGAUGCAGGAACUGCACGAAGGCAACGAACGCGAACGAGCAGCAGCAGCGGCAGAGAUCAGUCGGUUCAACCAGCGUCUUCUAGCUCAGCAGCGUCAAGAUGAGAGCGAUCGUCGUCGACAGGAGCAGGAAGAGAACGCUCGCGAGAUCCAGCUCACGCUUGAGAGCAAUCUCGUGAGCGAGAACCCACUGCAAGCCACGCUUCCUGGGGUGUCUCUGGACCACCGAGUCCGCGUAGACCACUGGAAAGGGCUCUCUGGAGAGCAGACCAAGUAUUAUCUUCGACAGAAUGACGACAUUAUGGCUGACAACGCUCGGCGCAGACAGCAGGAACGCGAGCAGGUCGAGGAGGAGUCCAGAAACCAGCGCGAGAUACAGCGUACACUCGCAUACGAAGAGUAUCUCACUCAACAACGACGAGCGCAGAUGGAAAUGGAAGUCCGUGCCGCCCAGCAGCAGCAGGCCAAACAGGCAGCCGAACGCGAGAAAUCCAACGAUGACCGGGCACGCGGCAAGAUCGAGCCGAGCUUCUUCCAGAGAUUUGGCCGAACUUAUCGUUGA